AUGGUCAUCGUUUCCAGCAAGACUUUGGUGCUGUACCGAGUGUGCGGUCUGUGGGCCGUGGCGCUGUUUCUGCUCAAAAACCCAUUGGUUAUUUACUCUAACUUGGUUGUGGUUGUACUGGGCCAAGCUCUGGACAUGCCGAACACCUACGCGGGCUCGGGGGACCAGUUGGCCGGCCUGGUAGCCGUGCUGAUUGCAUUUCUGGCUUUAGAGGACUUUAUCGUGCUGUUCACUGAGGACCCCGGAGAGCACUGGCGAGGAUCUGUUCCUUUGCGUCUAUUAGGGUACUUUAUUCUGACUAUGGCGAGCUAUCUGGGCUUCAAACCCCUGAGGAACAGCCUGACGUUCACGUAUGUUUUCCUGGAGAUGGUUAUGAACUUCCUGCUGUAUCUCGUGCUGCGAAACGAGCUGAAUGAGACGACACGCCGGAUCAUUCGCGAAGAACGGGGUCAGAACCCCGACCUAGCUGAGGGUGCUUUGUAG